AUGGUGGAGAUUGAGAAGUGCAAGAACGACCUGAGGAAAUUACGGGAUGAGAUGAACUCAAAGGGAGGAGGAAGGUCAGACAACUGCAAAUAAACCAAAUUAACAUAUCAGAUAGUAGCAGUAAUAAUAAUCAUAAUAAUGAAUUAAACAGAAUCCAGAGGAAUAUGUUUACAUUUACAACAUUGAAGUUUAAAAGGUCAAUGUUGGUAUGGUCAAUGUUGAAAAUAUUAUAUAGAAGACGCUCUUAAAUCCAUGAUGAUUGAUUCAAAGGGCCUUUUAAGGGCCCAAAGUAACAUAUUGUUCAGUAAAUUUCCCUUAAAGGGGCUAUCUGCAAUUGCUACAUCCAUUUUUGGAUUGUUAAAUUAAUUAUAUCCAUUGAUUCUUGAAGAAUAUAACUUAUAAAUGCCUCAUGAGCUAAGUUCAACUGCCGUACCCCUUCAGAACCCAAAAUAUAAGCAUGUUUUACAAUUUUUUUUGUAAACAAUGUAAUUGUAAACAAACACUGUAUAGCCUCAAAACAUGGUUAAAACUAUAAUGGUUUAACUGCAGAUUGUCUCAUUAAUACUGUAUGUGUGGUCUAUUAUGAUUAAAAUCAUGUAAAAUAAGAGCCUCUUAAAAUGUACUAAGCCAUAUGUUGCCCUUAAAUCAGUGUUGAUUGAAGGCCCAUUACAUGAAAGACCCUUGAAUAUGUUCUUAUAUAUACUUAACCUAAAGGCUACAGCUCUUCUGUUUUCCCCAAUGUUGCUUCUUAUUAUUAGAGUGACUUGUGGCUGCAAAUAUAGCUUCACAGGGGACGGCAAGAAACUGUCCCCAAGACGAGAUGUCCCAAAUUACCCAAAGGUAAACAGUUAAAGCUGUGUUGGAAAAACUUGUCAAUAAUCAACUGACUGGCUUUCUUGAUGUCUAUAGUAUUCUCUCUGGUAUGCAAUCUGGUUUCCACUCAGGUUAUGGAUGUGUCACUGCAGCCUUAAAGGUCCUAAAUGAUGUCACCAUUGCCCUUGAUUCUAAGCAAUGUUGUGCUGCUAUUCUUAUUGACUUGGCCAAAGCUUUUGAUACGUUAGACGAUUCCAUUCUUGUGGGCCGGCUAAGGAGUGUUGGUGUCUUUAAGGGGUCUUUGGCCUGGUUUGCUAACUACCUCUCUCAAAGAGUGCAGUGUAUAAAGUCUUAACAUCUGCUGUCUCAGCUACUGCCUGUCACCAAGGGAGUACCCCAAGGCUCGGUCCUAGGCCCCACGUUCUUCUCAAUUCACAUCAACAACAUAGCUCAGGCAGUAGGAAGCUCUCUCAUCCAUUUAUAUGCAGAUGAUACAGUCUUAUACUCAGCUGGCCCCUCCCCAGAUUUUCUGUUAAACGCUCUACAACAAAGCUUUCUUAGUGUCCAACAAGCUUUCUCUGCCCUUAACCUUGUUCUGAACACCUCCAAAACAAAGGUCAUGUGGUUUGGUAAGAAGAAUGCCCCUCUCCCCACCGGAGUUAAUACUACCGCUGAGGGUUUAGAGCUUGAGGUAGUCACCUCAUACAAGUACUUGGGAGUAUGGCUAGACGGUACACUGUCCUUUUCUCAGCACAUAUCAAAGCUGCAGGCUAAGGUUGAAUCUAGACUUGGUUUCCUCUAUCGUAAUCGCUCCUUUUUCACCCCAGCUGCCAAACUAACCCUGAUUCAGAUGACCAUCCUACCCAUGCUAGAUUACGGAGACAUAAUUUAUAGAUCGGCAGGUAAGGGUAUUCUUGAGCGGCUAGAUGUUCUUUACCAUUCGGCCAUCAGAUUUGCCACCAAUGCUCCUUAUAGGACACAUCACUGCACUCUAUACUCCUCUGUAAACUGGUCAUCUCUGUAUAACCGUCGCAAGACCCACUGGUUGAUGCUUAUUUAUAAAACCCUCUUAGGCCUCACUCCCCCCUAUCUGAGAUACCUACAGCAGCCCUCAUCCUCCACAUACAACACCCGUUCUGCCAGUCACCUUCUGUUAAAGGUCCCCAAAGCACACACAUCCCUGGGUCGCUCCUCUUUUCAGUUCGCUGCAGCUAGCGACUGGAAUGAGCUGCAAAAAACACUCAAACUGGACCGUUUAAUCUCCAUCUCUUAAUUCAAAGAUUCAAUCAUGGACACUCUUACUGACAGUUGAGGCUGCUUCACGUGAUGUAUUGUUGUCUCUACCUUCUUGCCUUUGUGCUGUUGUCUGUUCCCAAUAAUGUUUGUACCAUGUUUUGUGCUGCUACCAUGUUGUGCUGCUGCCAUGUUGUUGUCAUGUGGUGUUGCUACCAUGCUGUGUUGUCAUGUGUUGCUGCCAUGCUAUGUUGUUGUCUUAGGUCUGUCUUUAUGUAGUGUUGUGGUGUCUCUCUUGUCGUGAUGUGUGUUUUGUCUUAUAUUUUUAUUUUUAAUCCCAGCCCCUGUCCCCACAGGAGGCAAUUUGGCUUUUGGUAGGCCGUCAUUAUAAAUAAGAAUUUGUUCUUAACUGACUUGCCUAGUUAAAUAAAGGUUAAAUAAAUAAAUUAAAUAAAAAAUAAAGCAUAAUAACCAGUACACCUUUUGUUGAUGCUGAACAAAUGACUUCCAUUACUCUUUGCUCUACGUCUACAGUAUACUCUAUCCCAGGAGACCAUAGAAGCUCUCAAGAAACCUACAUUUGACGUUUGGCAUUGGGAGCACAAUGAGGUUGGGGAUAUUUCAUGUAGCCUAAUUUGGGCAAAUACGCAUUGCAUGAAUGAAUGAAUGAAAAAUGUAUUUUUAUCUGACAAAUGAUUAUUUUUGCUCUGAUACUUUUUCCAAGGCAAUCUAUAAAGAUAGCUAAUCGCGGUCUUAGUCACAAUUGCUAUGUGUAGCGUUAAACAUAUUCUGAUAGUACUAAUUACUGUAUUGUGUUUCCAAUGUGUAGAUGUUAAGCUGUCUGGAGUACAUGUAUCAUGAUCUGGGCCUGGUGAAGGAGUUCAAUAUGAACCCCAUCACACUGAAACGAUGGCUGGUGAGUGAGAGCCACACGUGGAAACCCCUAUCUUUACCCAAGUAAUCAUUAGCCUCAAUUUCCAUUCUUUAUCUCAUGAAAGAAAAAAUAUGCACGUAUGAGCUGACUCAAAAUGUGCACACUAUUAAAAUGGGCUUGAUUUCUUGUUUGUAUGAUGUUUGUUGCUUUGUGUUUCAGCUGGGAAUCCAGGAGAAUUACCGCAACAACCCGUUCCAUAACUUCCGCCACUGCUUCUGUGUCAGUCAGAUGAUGUAUGGAAUGAUUCACCUGUGCAACCUACAAGUGAGAACACACCUCAGAUAGUGUGUGGGUGGUUGUGUGGGUGGGUAUGUGGCACACUGACUCUAGCUGUGUUUCUCAGGAGAGGCUCACCAUGACUGACAUGUGCGUCCUCAUGACAGCUGCCGUGUGUCACGACCUAGAUCACCCAGGCUACAACAACACGUAGGUCACAUUACAUAUACCUUUUUUUAAAUAUAUACAGUGCCUUAAAGUAUUCACACCCCUUGACUUAUUCCACAUUGUGUUGUGUUACAUCCUGAAUUCAAAAUGGAUUAAAUGGGAUUUUUUUCUCACCCAUCUAAACACAAUAACCCAUGAUGACAAAGUGAAAACAUGUUUUUAGACAUUUUUGCAAAUGUAUUAAAAAUGAAAUACAGAAAUAUCUCAUUUACAUAAGUAUUCACACCCCUGAGUCAAUACAUGUUAGAAUCACCUUAGGCAGUGAUUAAAGCUGUGAGUCUUUGUGGGUACGUCUCUAAGAGCUUUGCACACCUGGAUUGUACAAUAUUUGCACAUUUAUUAUUUGAGAAAUUCUUCAAGCUCUGUCAAGUUGAUUGUUGAUCAUUGCUAGACAGCCACUUUCAAUGUCUUGCCAUAUAUUUUCAAGCUGAUUUAAGUCAAAACUGUAACUAGGCCACUCAGGAACGUUCAAUGUUUUCUUGGUAAGCAACUCCAGUGUAUAUUUUGCCUUGUGUUUUAGAAUAUUGUCCUGCUGAAAGGUGAAUUUGUCUCCCAGGGUCUGUUGGAAAGCAGUCUGAACCAGGUUUUCCUCUAGGAUUUUGGCUGUGCUUAACUCUAUUACGUUUCUUUUUAUCCUAAAAAACUCCCUAGUCCUUGCCGAUGAUAAGCAUACCCAUAACAUGAUGCAGACACCAGCAUGCUUGAAAAUAUAAAGAGUAGUAGUAACAAAUAAAAUAAAAAAUAGUAGUCAGUGAUGUGUUGUGUUGGUUUUGCCCCAAACAUAACGCUUUGUAUUCAGGACAUACAUCUCAUUUAUUAGCCAAUUUUUUUGCAGUUUUACUUUAGUGCCUCAUUGCAAACAGGAUACAUGUUUUGGAAUAUUUUUAUCUGUACAUGCUUCCUUCUUUUCACUCUGUCAUUUAGGUUAGUGUUGUGGAGUAACUACAAUGUUUUGUUGAUCCAUCCUCAAUUUUCUCCUAUCACAGCCAUUAAACCCUGUUUUAAAGUCACCAUUGGCAAAAUAUACACUGGAGUUGCUUACCAAGACAACAUUGAAUGUUCCUGAGUGGCCUAGUAUCUAGUUAUGACUUAAAUCGGCUUGAAAAUAUAUGGCAAGACUUCAAAAUGACUGUCUAGCAAUGAUCAACAACCAACUUCACAGAGCUUGAAGAAUUCUAAAAAAUAAUAAUGUGCAAAUAUUGUACAAUCCAGGUGUGCAAAGCUCUUAGAGACUUAACCACAAAGAAUACUUUGCUAAUGUUAAGCAAAUGUUUACUCCUGGACUUAUUUAGGCUUGCCAUAACAAAGGGGUUGAAUACUUAUUGACUCAAGGCAUUUCAGCUUUUCAUUUUUAAUUAAUUUGUAAAAAGGUCAAAAUGUCUAUUCCACUUUAACAUUAUGGGGUAUUGUGUGUAGGCCAGUGACACAAAAUCUCAAUUUAAUCCAUUUUAAAUUCCAGCUGUAACACGACAAAAUGUGGGAAAAAGUCAAGGGGUGUGAGUGGGCCCCGUGUAGCUCAGUUGGUAGAGCAUGGCGCUUGCAACGCCAGGGUUGUGGGUUCGUUUCCCACGGGGGGCCAGUAUGAAAAUGUAUGCACUCACUAACUGUAAGUCGCUCUGGAUAAGAGCGUCUGCUAAAUGACUAACAUGUAAAAUGUAAAUGUAAAUACUUUCUGAAGGUACUGUAUAUAUAUUGACAGUAGCAGCACCAGCCAUGCUUGCAGUAGCUGUUGAUUUAGAAGGCUCUUGUUGCUAUAGUAGUGGUGUCAGCGUUGGGGUGUACAUUUCUUUUCAAAUCAGUCAAUUCAGGAAAUAAACUGAAUUUCUAUUUUAUUUAUUUAAAAACAUUCUCAUGGAGAAUUGGAAUUAGAAUUGAAAUGUCAGUUUACUUCCUGAGCUGACUGAAUUUAAAUGGAACCCUAGUUGUUCUAUAGUAGUGAAUAGCUGUGGUUGUAGCAUCCUCCAUACAGUAGCCUAUAUGACCAUAGCUAUCAUAUAGAUAUAUGAACACAUACAGUACUCCUGUGCUAAUGCUAUGUCCUGUGGCAGGUACCAGAUAAACGCUCACACAGAGCUGGCGGUGCGCUACAACGACAUCUCGCCCCUGGAGAACCACCACUGUGCCGUGGCCUUCCAGAUCAUCUCCAUGCCAGAGUGUAACAUCUUCGCCAACAUAGAAACGGAGGCCUUCAAACACCUCAGACAGGUGAGGCACCAGGUUUCUCACAGCAAGGGCCUCACUGCAAUAUGAAUAACAAAGCAUUUGUGAAGUAGCAUGUAUUAUAGUUUAGAAGCUAAAAAUGGGGUUUAGUUACGUUAGGUUAAACAUACAGUGAGUGUACAAAACAUUAGGGACACCUUCCUAAUAUUGAGUUGUACCCCCUUUUGCCCUCAGAACAGCCUCAAUUCAUCGGGGCAUGGACUGUACAAGUUGUCCAAAGUGUUCCACAGGGAUGCUGGCCCAUGUUGACUCCAAUGCUUCCCACAGUUGUGUCAUGUUGGCUGGAUGUCUUUUGGGUGGUGGAUCAUUCUUGAUACACACGGGAAACUGUUGAGCAUGAAAUACCCAGCAGCGUUGCAGUUCUUGACACACUCAAACUGGUGCGCCUGGCACCUACUACCAUACCCCGUUCAAAGGCACUUAAAUAUUUUGUCUUGCCAUUCACCCUCUGAAUGGCACACAUACACAAUCCAUACAUACACAAGUCUCAAGGCUUAAAAAUCCUUCCUUAACCUGUCUCCUCCCCUUCAUCUACACUGAAGUGGAUUUAACAAGUGACUUCAAUAUGGGAUCAUAGCUUUCACCUCGAUUCACCUGGUCAGUCUAUGUCAUGGAAAUAGCAGGUGUUCCUAAUGUUUUGUACACUCAGUGUAUAGCCUACCAUGAAUAGAAACCAACGUUAUUGUAAAAUGAAUGGUAUUACACAUCACCACCUAAACAUAGGGAUAGUUUCGCACAGAGGAUGGCUUUUGGUCGUGAUUUUGGUCAGGAUUGGUUUCUAGUAUAGUAUAAUGAUAUUAUUUGCGACCUUGGCAGGCUAUCAUCACUCUCAUCUUAGCCACAGACAUGGCCAGACACGGUGAGAUACUGGACUCCUUCAAGCAGAACGUGGACAACUUUGACUUCACCAACGACGAGCAUGUGAAAUGUGUAUGUAUGCAUUUACGUAUAUCCUCAAGUCAGGGUGGUCAUGGUUGAUAUACAGUAUGUGUCAAAUGUAUUGCAGAGACUUUGGCGGAAGCCCAAACCCGGGUCUAGCAAUGGACAACCCAGCACCUUAGCCUUAAUGCCAAGACCUCUUGACAAGGUUGUUAGGUGUUACAUCCAUUAUGUUUGAGGAUUGUUGUUGCGUCUCUGUGCAGCUAAAGCUGGUGCUGAUCAAGUGCUGUGACAUCUCCAACGAGGUGAGACCCACGGAGGUGGCCGAGCCCUGGUUAGACUGCCUGCUGGAGGAAUACUUUAUGCAGGUGAGUUACUGCUCUUUUGAAAAUUAUUGUCAAUUAACUCACCAUUAUUUUAAAUAAUAACAGUAAUUGUGAAGAAAAAGUAUAGUCUUGACUAAUCUGGGACACACAGAACAAAAAUCAUGCAAAUUAAGUUCUGGGGGGAGACAUGUUAGAAAACACUCUUACAAGACUAGCAAAGUCUCCACCCCUCCAAAUGAAAACUCUCAGCCAGUUUCGGGCAAGUCUAUGGGCCAAAUGUACCUUCCCCUUCCGGAAUUCAAAGAUGCGAGAGCCUAUGAAAUUUAGAUUUGUCCAAAUGAUCAGUGACGAAACAUCAGUGUACCAGAACAAAGUUCUCAUUAGUCAUUGCAUCCUGUCGACAGAUGCUACUACCAUUUAUGGUACGUGCAUCUGUCCACGAGAGAUGUCCACGAGUCUUGAACAACCUUCAAUGUUGCAAGGAAGUAUUUUCACCUUAAAAAUAUUAAAAUUUCUUAUCUCAUGAAAUCACACAAAUCCUUGGUUUAAGGCAAACUAUAUAUGCUUUUGCCAAUGUGUGUGGGGAGGUUUGCCCCUUUCUUUCCAAUGAGGAAAGAAGCAAAUGUUCUGUAUAGGCUUUCAUUAUCUGUUUUUGUGUUCAGAGUGACAGAGAGAAAUCUGAGGGUCUCCCAGUAGCUCCGUUCAUGGAUCGGGACAAAGUGACCAAACCCACCGCUCAGAUCGGCUUCAUCAAAUUUGUCCUCAUUCCAAUGUUUGAGACUGUUAUGAAGGUGUGUUUCUUCUUCCGAGUGCGCCUGUGACUGGGUUAGAUCCAGAGAUGGGAUUCAACAACCCAAAAUGUCUGCCAACAAAAAUGUAUGCUAUAACACUGUGGGACGGUUUCCUGGACACCGAUUAAGCCUAGUCCUGGACUAAAAACAAGUGCAAUGGAGAAUCUCCAUUGAAAAUGCUUUUUAGUCCGGGACUAGGCUUAAUCGGUGUCUGGGAAACUGCACCUUAAUCUAUGGAUGUAAAUCAGUGGCAGCAGGUGACUUAAAAAAUUAAGUAGGAUAAUGGAUGAAAACUAUUUUGGGACAAAAAGCUAAUGGGAUGACAAUCUUUCAUGUUCUGAGACACUCUUAAAUGACUACAUCUUAAUGUGUGUCCUAGCUCUUCCCCCAGAUUGAGGAGAUUAUGGUGCAGCCUUUGCGGGAUUCUCGAGACCACUAUGAAGAACUAAAACAGAUUGACGAUGCCAUGACAGAGGUAAAACCCUUCUCCUCACACCUCGUUGACCACAAGAAUUGA